AUGAAGGACGGCAUUGAGAUUGAAGCGCAGCGCUCGCGCUUGGAGAUCCUAAAGAUGAUGCACAACAUGAAGUUGUGGCAAGGUGGUCAUGUACUCUCGCUUUCCUUGUCGCACUUCGCCAAUGAUUUUGAUGCAUCGGUGCGCUGCCUUGUUUCUUUUUGGCUGGAGGGUCUCCGGCCCAUGGUCUUGGGUACCACUAUGAAGGCGUUGCUGCGAGAGGCUCGUUUGGCCGGGCAGACUGCCAAGAAUAAGUACCUGCUGCGGCCAGAGAGGGUGCGAAAAGCCAAGGAGCACAUGCGUUUGCUUUUGCAGCGUGAAGACUAUCGGUAUCUUAUGCAAGCAGAUGAGCUCUACGAACAGUUGAUGGCGCAAGGCCAACGCCGGGCUAGACGCCUUGGCUGUCCAGAUUGGAAAAAGGAAGCGGUGGAUUUGGUGGCUGGGGCUUUGAAAGCGGCGCCCCUGGCUAUUUGGUUUGGCUCAGGGGAUUGGGCCGUAAGAGUGCCGUAUUCGUUCAGUGCUGCCUCCAUUUGGCGCACUAAAAUCCCACUGGGACUGAGUAGGCCGGAGCUUUCAGAGAAUCCUGGCGCGCUCCUACAAGCUCUUGAGGAGCGAGGGGUGGUUGAAGAGAUCUAUGGAUAUUUAGAUAGUAGUUUGCAGAAGCCCCAGGAUCCUAAGUCCUGUCACCAGGCUACCCCAGUGGAAGAAGUGGCACCACCAUCGCAGCAACCUGUGGAGAAUGGCAUGGGAUGGCAGCUGGGCCUUCGUUUGCUGGAGGGUCAAGCUUUCUUAGACUACUUGGAUGAUGCAGAUGCGGCAGGUCGGGAACUUGCUUGGCAUAUCGCCUUUGAAUCCCAACGUUUCAAGAGCCGCCAGGUGCCUGCUGUUGUCGCGCCACGCUUUGAUGAGACGAUUCAUAUGAAGCUGCCAUUGGUUGGUUCCCGGAAUGGGCUCUUGCAACACUUGCCGCCAGUUCAUUUGGUGCUGGUGUGUUAUGGAGGCAGUGGCAGUGGUGAGGAACCUCCUUGGGACACAGGCUCUGGCACAUUGAUCUGCAGUCACUACCUCGAGUGGCGGCAUUGUCUGAGCACCUCGGGGCCCUUGAAGAUGACUGUGGAGCUUCAAGGCGUUGGGAGGCGGCACAAACUUUCCAUAGGGGUCUUACAUGCCGAGCUGGAACUGAAGCCAGUAGGCGCUGAGCCUUUGCCGCAGCUAGCGGUGGCAGCACAGAUUAGGGCAGAGGAGCAGCAGCGUGCUGAGGUAAUGCGGAGAUGUUUCGAGGAGUUGGACCGAUGGUGGUCAGAGCAUCACAUGCUCUACCCUUCUCGAUCCAUUCGGAUCUUCGCACAAACUGAGAGCUGUUUGUUCUUGCCGGUGACAAGCUUUGUGGCACCGCUUCAUGCAGGAAGGCACUUGGAUGGGCCUGGCCAUGCCUUACGUUUCGUGUCCCUGAUGGCCUUAGAACAGGUGACUGGUGAAGCCUCCUCAGCAGAGCCGCGUUGGCACAGCUUUCUGGCCAUGUGGGCAAAAGGCCGAUGCACUGCUGAAGAACGAGCUUUGCUGCUUUGUUCCUUGUUACUCGGAUAUUCCCUGGAUGCGUGGUGCUGCCUGGGCACGGAUGACAAAGGACAAGCUCACGCCUGGGUCGUAGUUCGAGAUCGAGGUGAUGCAUCUUACCCCUCUCAGGUGACGUUUUGGGAUCCUCAAACGGGAUCUCGCCUGCGGGCAGAUGACCCGGCCUUUCUAAAGUCGCUUUGUUCCAUGGACACUAUCUUCAACCACCGCCGCAUUCUGGUGUGUCACAACGAAGAACCAUCACAAGUCUCAUUCGAUUUCAGUGAUCACCGAAGCUGGCUUUGGGCCCCAGUUGAUGAGGAGAUGUUGGAUGUCCUGCGCUUAUAUCCUUGUAGAAAGUGUCCAGGCUUCGCAGAUCUCCUGCUUCACAGAUGGAGCCCCUCCUGGAACGUCGAAACCCUCGAGGAGGCCAUUGAGGACCGCCUGCUUGCUGCCAUUCGAACCCAUCGUGAAGCUUUGGGUAACAUCACCAUGGUAGACCGCCACUUAGGGCAGCUGCUGCAUGUCGCAUUGGUCAAUCUUGAAUAUGAACGUCGAGGAAUGCAAUCCCAAUCGUCUGUCUUUGAGAACCUGGCCACAAGAGUCUGUGCUCCUGGCGAAGUACUACGUGCCACACCUGUGCAGUUCAACCACUUGCGCGUCUCAUUGUUUUGGCCCGCUUUGAGUCAGAGAAGUACUGUGCAGGAGAUCUUGGCAAAACCACAGGCUUCGUUUGCGGUACGCUGCCGCGUGGUGCUUCAGCCCGAGACAACUGUUGCAACCUGGGUGCUGCUCGCAGCUAAGGGACGUGGAUCGUUGGGCUUGACAGCUGCUGCUGCAAGCUUGCUGCCGGUCUGGAUGGACAGUUCCAAGCAGUGA